AUGGACGGCUUCGAUAAGAAAACACUCAAGACCUCUCGAGGCCUCACAUAUACCUACUAUACCUCUGCUGGCAACACUUCGCUCCCAACUCUUCUCUUCCAACAUGGCUUCCCCGACCACGCCGCUAUGUGGCAACAGGUCGCCAGUGGGGUGAAGUCACUCAACCACCCCAUUAUCAUCCCAGAUAUGCUUGGCUACGACGGAACCGACAAACCCACAGACCCUGCAGCAUACGAAUUCAAGCUCAUGACCAAAGACAUUACCGAGAUUCUCGAUGCCGAAGGCGCGCAAAAAUGCGUUUCCAUUGGCCAUGACUGGGGCUCGACGUUUGCCUCGCGCAUGUGCCAGUAUCAUCCUGAGCGCGUAGUCGGUCUAGUGAACAUGAACGUCCCCUACUCGCCAUCCAAUCCCACCCCAUUUGAUCUCGAUGCCACCAACGCCUUCAUGGAGAAGAUAUUUGGAUACCCACUCUUGAGCUACUGGUACGUUUUCGCUGCCCCCGACGGCGCUGCUCUCCUCGAACGCAAUAUCGACCUUACUUUCGACAUAAUGCACGUCGAGGCCGACCUCAUGAAGGCCAUCAUUUGCACAAGAGGCGUCAUGCGGGAUGUCCUGGAGGGCAAAACAAAAUACGACCUUACUAUUCGCCCCUACGCGCAGGACCCCGCAUUCAAAAAGGCAUUUGUCGACCGUAUGCGCCGCGAUGGCUUCGCGGCUCCCACGUGCUGGUACAAGGCCAUGACGACCAACAUCCAGUCCAAGAGCGAUGCACAGCUUCCCAAGGAAUCGCAAAAGGUCAAUGUCCCCGCGCUGUACUUUGGUGGCUCGGAGGAUGCUGUGUGUAGGCAGGAAAUGAUGCAAGCUCCUAUCGAGGCUGGAUGGCUGCCGCACCUGGAGCAUGCAGGCCUGAUCGAGGCGGGGCACUGGACGCCGUACGAGACGCCGCAGGAGGUGAUUGGCAAGCUGGAGUCGUGGCUGAAGAAGAAUUUUGCCUAG